AUGAAGCUUGAUUGGCGUGCGACUUUGUUUCUCCUGGGAACCGUUAGGGCCCGGGAGAUAUCAGAGCUCGAACAUCUUUACAGGGAGGGAACGACACCGGAUACCGUGGAAAUCGAUGGCGUCCAGGUUCCGACACUCUCGCAAGCUUUGCCUCAAGGCCGUGAGAUCAAGCGUGAUGACUGGACCGCUGUCUGCACUUCCGCGACGGAUGGCUACAACUGCGACCAAGCCUUUGAUGGCAACAACAACACCUACUGGGAGAGCACCAGCAGUGAAACAUCUCAAAAUAUCACUAUCGAUCUGGGAGCACAGGAUUACGCCGUGAGUGGCUUGACUAUGGUCCCCAGACAGGAUCAGGCGGCUUCGUUCAUUGAGCAACACAAAGUCUUCUUAAGUGUUGAUAAUACCACCUGGAACUUGGUUGCUUACGGAACUUGGUGGCCGGAUCAAAGCCGAAAGAUCUCUGCAUUCCAACCGCAAAAGGCCCAGUAUGUUCGACUGUCAGGCCCUGCUCCCAACGGAAUCGCUAUUGCAGACAUUAAGGUAUAUGAAGGCGACUUCAUUCCGCCUAACCCUUCUCUGGGGGCCUGGGGGCCUACGAUCGAUUUUCCUCUUGUUCCCGUUUCCGGUGCUGUUGACGCAAACUCUGGUGAGGUGGUCGCCUGGUCCUCCUGGGGCUACAAUAUCUUCACCGGUGGCAAAGGAAGCAAGACACAAACUGCAACCUGGAGCGGUGGGAACCAGUCAGUGACACGCCGCGCCAUAACCAAUACCAACCAUGACAUGUUCUGUCCGGGUAUUUCGAUGGACGAAGACGCAAAGUUUGUCGUGACUGGAGGAGCCGAUGCCGUCCAGACCAGCAUCUACAACACAACAGUUCGUAACUGGUUUGAGGGAGGAUAUAUGAAUAUACCUCGUGGAUACCACGCAUCUUCCACCUUGUCUGAUGGACGUAUUUUCGUUAUUGGAGGAUCAUUCUCGGGAAGUGCUGGUGGUAAGAACGGAGAAGUGUGGGAUCGAGACACCGACGCUUGGACUAUGCUUCCAAAUGCAUCGGUUUCGGCAAUGCUCACCAAUGAUCGACGUAUAUACAGACAAGACGAUCAUGGCUGGCUAUUUGCUUGGACCAAUGGCUCCGUUUUCCAGGCUGGCCCCAGUAAACAAAUGAACUGGUAUGGCACUGCAGGGAAUGGCUCCACUACCCCCGCCGGAGAUCGGAUUGGUGAUGCGGAUGCUAUGUGUGGAAAUGCGAUCAUGUUUGACCAGGGUCAAAUCCUCACUUGUGGUGGUUCCCCGUUCUAUGAGGAUGCUCAGGCUACCAACAAUGCCAACAUCAUCACUAUUAACACCGACGACCAAAGCGCCUCCGUUCGAGAGAACGCCGGCGGUGGUAUGAAAUACAUACGGACCUUCCACACCUCUGUCGUCCUUCCUGAUGGCUCAGUGUUUGUUCAUGGUGGCCAAGUUGUUGGACUUCCAUUCAACGAGAGCCAGGCGCAGAUGACUCCAGAGCUAUUCAUUCCUGAUUCUCAAAAUGAGAGCGGUGGUCGUUGGGUCGAGCAGCAGAGAAACUCAAUUGUCCGCGUGUACCACAGCAUCGCACUGUUGCUUAAAGAUGGUACUGUCUUCACUGGCGGUGGUGGUCUAUGCGGAGAUUGCGAGGCCAAUCAUUUCGAUGGCGAAAUUUAUACGCCCGCUUACCUGCUCAACUCUGAUGGCUCACUCAAAGACCGUCCCGUGAUCAAGACAGUGACAGGAGACCAAUCAAAGCCUGGUGGCACUGUUGAGAUCACCACCGAUGGUCCGGUCGACACUCAGGCUUCUAUCAUCCGAUAUGGCUCUAACACGCACACCGUGAAUACAGACCAGCGACGUAUCGGGGUUCAAUUGACGCAGACUGAGACAAAUAAGUACACUUUCAAAAUUCCUGCCGAGCCAGGAGUUGCUCAGCCUGGCUACUACAUGCUCUUCGUCCUGAGGGAUGGAACGCCUAGCCACUCGGUGAACGUUAAAGUGGCAGGUGCAUGA